AUGGGCCCCCAGGCCACCUGCCCUGGCUGGGGCUACCUGUCUGGCCUCCAGGUGAGGACCUGGAUCGAGCCCGUGGUGGCCUCCACGCAGGUGGCCAGCUCCCUCUACGACGCGGGGCUGCUGCUGGUGCUGAAGGAGUCCUUAGGGGCCAGGGUCGCCAACCACAGCGCCAGCACGUCGCCCCGGGGGGCACUUGAGGACCAGCAGCAGAAAGCCAUCUCCAACUUCUACAUCAUCUACAACGUGGUGACGGGCCUGACGCCCCUGCUGCCCGCUUACCUCCUGGGCUGGCUCAGCGACCGCUUCCACCGCAAGAUCUCCAUCUGCGUGGCCCUGCUGGGCAUCCUGCUGUGCCGCCUGGCGCUGCUGUUCAAGGUGCUGUGGGACUGGCCCGUGGAGGUGAUGUACUGGGCCGUGGCGCUGAACGGACUCUGCGGGGGCCUCUCCGCCUACUGGGCCGGAGUCAUAUCCCUGGGCUCCCUCGGCUCCUCCGAGGGUGGCCGCUCGGUCCGCCUCAUCUUCAUCGACCUGAUCCUGGGCCUGGGGGGGUUCUGUGGGAGCAUGGCCUCCGGGCAUCUCUUCCAGCAGAUGUCUGAGAAGGCCUGGCAGGGCCUGGUGCUGACGGCCUGCAGCGUGAGCUGCGCCUCUUUCGCCCUCUUCUACAGCCUCUUGGUCCUGAAGGUCCCCAAGUCGGUGGCCAAGCCCCGAAAGGCACUCCCCACGGUGGACACGGUGUCUGGCACGAUCGGCACGUAUCGCACCCUGGAUCCCGAUCAGCCAGACGUGCCCAGCGUGGCGGGGCAUCCUCAGUCUCCUGGGAAAGCGAGGUCCCCCAAAUCCAUGAUUGUCCUGCUCUUUCUGGGCGCCAUCAUGUACGACCUGGCCGUGGUGGGCACGGUGGACGUGAUGCCCCUGUUUGUGCUGAGGGCGCCUCUCAGUUGGAACCAGGUGCAAGUGGGCUACGGGAUGGCCGCGGGGUACAUCAUCUUCAUCACCAGCUUCCUGGGCGUCCUGGUCUUCUCCCGCUGCUUCCGGGACACCACCAUGAUCAUGAUCGGGAUGGUCUCCUUUGGAUCGGGAGCCCUCCUGCUGAGUUUUGUGAAAGAGACGUACAUGUUCUACAUUGCUCGAGGCGUCAUGCUGUUUGCCCUCAUCCCCAUCACAACCAUUCGGUCAGCAAUGUCCAAACUCAUCAAGGACUCCUCGUAUGGAAAGGUGUUCGUCAUCCUGCAGCUGUUCCUGACUCUGACCUGGGUGGUGACAUCCACGAUGUAUAAUAAGAUCUAUCAGGUCACCAUGGAAAAGUUUGUCGGCACCUGCUUUGCUCUCUCCUCCUUUCUCUCCUUCCUGGCCAUCGUUCCAAUUGGCAUCGUGGCCUAUAAACAAGCCUCAUGGUUGAAACAUGCAGACAUCACAGAGACAAAAAGGUGCUGA